AACAUCAUCUGGAUCAUGUCAUGGCACCUUUCUCGGAGUACACAGACAAGAAGACGCUGAGCACCUCACCUCACCUCCCCUCACCAUCUCCUAUAGCUUUUACCUUUACCCAAAACCAAAAGAAUUAAUUUUAGCUUUUAUUAUUAUUAUUAUUAUUAUUGUCCUAUAAAUAGUAAGCGGCAGUCCAGAGUCCGUCGCCUCUGCAACUGCAACUGCAACAUUACCUUUCCUCUUCUACUGUAACAAUGGAGCUCUGGAGAUAUACGAUUAAACUGCUCGCAGCUGUGGUCGUAGUUGGGAUCCUGCUGGUUUCGACAGGAACAGAGUGCCGUGCUGUGGGAAAGGUGGGUGCAGUUACGACUGGCUCUGUCUUUGAGUACGGCGCUGUUAGUUGCAGAGCCCACAGCUUCUCCGUCACGGACUUUGGAGCCGUCGGGGACGGGAAGACACUCAACACGAGGGCCUUCCAGCAGGCUGUGGACCACCUCAGCCGCUACUCACAGCAGGGCGGGGCGCUGCUCUACGUCCCCCCCGGGAGAUGGCUCACCGGCACCUUCAACUUGACCAGCCACUUCACCCUGUUCCUCCACAAGGAUGCUGUUCUUCUUGCUUCCCAGGACAUAAACGACUGGCCACUUGCGAAACCUUUGCCAUCGUACGGGCAUGGGAGGGAAGCACCUGGAGGAAGGUACAUGAGCUUCAUCUUUGGCACGAACCUCACCGAUGUUAUUAUCACAGGGAUGAAUGGGACCAUUGAUGGUCAGGGGGAGAUAUGGUGGACAAAAUUCCACGAGGGAAAGUUGAGGUACACGCGGCCGCACCUGAUCGAGAUCAUGCACUCCAACAACAUUCAGAUCUCUCAUCUCACCCUUCUCAACUCCCCAUUUUGGACCCUCCACCCUGUUUACAGCAGUGAUGUCAUUAUACAAAGAAUAACCAUCCUUGCUCCAGUCAAAUCUCCAAACACUGAUGGGAUUGACCCUGAUUCAUGCACUAACACCAGAAUCGAAGACUGUUUCAUCGUCUCGGGAGACGACUGUGUGGCCGUUAAGAGCGGGUGGGAUGAGUACGGGAUUGCAUAUGGGAUGCCGACGCGGCACUUGGCCAUCAGACGCCUCACGUGCAUCUCCCCCACGAGUGCGAUGAUCGCACUCGGUAGCGAGAUGUCGGGUGGGAUUGAGGACGUCCGGGCCGAGGACAUCACAGCCAUCAACACGGAAUCGGGUGUUCGGAUCAAGACAGCCAUGGGGAGAGGAGCCUACGUGAGGGAUGUGUACGUUAAAGGGAUGAAGAUGCACACGAUGAAGUGGGCCUUCUGGAUGGACGGGAACUAUGGGUCCCAUCCAGACAAACACUACAACCCCAAUGCUCGGCCCAUGGUCAGCGGGAUCAAUUACCGGGACGUGGUGGCAGAGAAUGUGACCAUGGCUGCCCAGUUCAAUGGCAUUCCAGGGGAUCCUUUUACAGGCAUCUGCAUCUCGAAUGCAACCAUUGCAAUGUCCCCCAAGUCGAAAGAGGCUCCAUGGACAUGCAGCCAUGUUCAGGGCAUCACGAGCGGGGUUACUCCUCGGCCUUGCAGUAUUCUGCCGGAGAAAACUGUCGCGUGCCAAUUCCCAACAGCGAAAUUGCCCAUCGACAUGGUGAAGUUCAAGAAAUGCGUCUACAAAGUGAGGCAUACUUGACUGGGUUUUGAGAUUCUAAGAGCUGCAUAGAGGCCCAAAAAGAGAGAGAGGCCCCUAAAACCCCCUAUCUCAAUCUGAAUCCCUCUGAAACUGAAUGAAUGUUUUCUUAUUUUCCUCUUUGGCUCUUUCUAAAGUACCAAAAAAAAAAAAAAAGUUAUUAGCUUUCUACGUACA